AUGUCUGCUGCGGUGAUGAUGGCCACCUCCAGUACUUGCAUUAACCUGCUAAGGAGAACCCCCACCUUUCAGCCUCUCCAUCCUCUCCAUCCUGCGCUCCAUCCUCCUCUCCAUCCUCCUCUCCACUCUCUCGGCUCAGACACACAUUCUUUCCUGAGCCAGCAGUCUUCAAUCAUCCAUGAGCACAUAUUCAACCUUCCAUAUUUCAACAUCAUCCAACCGAAUCACACACACAGACCCCAGCACACACCGGGCUCUCUGUCAGGCUUCAGCAGCCCUGUCUCUUCCUCCUCAUCUUCCUCUUCCUCUCCACACAAAGACACCUUUAUGCACCCUCAGAUGAUGGAGGAAUCGAAGCGCACUUACAGUUUCACCCAGGAGGAUUUGUUUACUGUGCUCUAUGGGUACAGUAAAGACCACCAGCAGGGAGUCGGACACGCCAUCUCAGGACUGUUGCUACCUGAUGAUCCAGUGGUGCUGCCUGCUAACAUCGACACAGAGAGCCUCGAGCUGCCUGAAGGUCUGUGUGUGCUCCGCUGCUCGUGCGCCGGUGUUCCUCAUUGUGGUGUUUUUGCCGCGCGCAACUCCAUACCUAAAGGCACCCGCUUUGGGCCGUACCGCGGAAAAGCGGUGAACACAAGCGAAAUCAAAACACACCACGACAACACACUCAUGUGGGAGAUCUUUGAGAAGGGCCGGUUGAGUCACUUCGUCGACGGCGGCGGCGCGCGCGGCAGCUGGAUGUCGCUGGUGCAAUGCGCGCGCUUCCCGGAGGAGCAGAACGUGGUGGCCGUGCAGCGCGCGGGCCGAAUUUACUACGAGACGUGCCGGGAGGUGCGCCCCCUGCAGGAGCUGCUGGUGUGGUAUGGAGACACUUACACUCUGUACAUGGGCAUUCCCAUGUCACUCAGAGAGGAGGAGGAGGAGGAAGACCAGGACGGAGACUCGGCUGAGGGCUAUAAGUGUGAUCGAUGCGGAAAGGUCUUCGCUUACCGCUACUACAGAGAUAAGCACCUGAAGUACACUCGCUGUGUGGAUCGGGGAGACCGGAAGUUCCCGUGUCAUCUCUGUAACAGAUCGUUCGAGAAAAGAGACCGACUACGCAUCCACAUCCUGCACGUGCACGAGAAACACCGACCGCAUAAGUGCUCAGUGUGCGGCAAAAGUUUCUCUCAGUCCUCGAGCCUCAACAAGCACAUGCGCGUGCACUCCGGAGAGCGACCUUACAAAUGCGUCUACUGCAACAAGGCAUUCACGGCUUCGAGCAUCCUCCGCACACACAUCAGGCAGCACUCAGGUGAAAGGCCAUUUAAGUGCAAACACUGCGGGAAAGCCUUCGCCUCUCAUGCUGCCCAUGAUAGCCACGUACGCCGGAGUCAUGCAAAAGACAAACCGCUGACAUGUGAUCUCUGUGACAGCACAUUUGAACAAGCCGAGGAGCUUAAAGAGCACAUUAAGAUCCACAAAAAGCGCCAGCUUAUGCAGUCUCCAGCUCUUGCUUCCUCUCCUGGAACACACACGGCAGAUCAGAGUGGCCCUUUAACCACUAAAUGUGCUCGAGUGCAGCAGGACAUCACCACAAGUCUCCCGCCCUUUCCAGGAAACACCUCCAGUUACAGACCAUGGAAUUAACUCGCAAAUCAUUGUGACUCCAUCCUCAACUACGCACUAACAUAUUACACAGCAUGGCUGUGAGGCAAUACAUGACACAGGCCCUAGCUCAGGCACAGGAUCCUGGACAUUUCUUUUCAUUUGUGUUCAAAAUGGUACACUAGCCUGCCUUUGAAUUGGGAGUAACAGGCUAGGCGUCAGCAUGUCACGGCUAAAACGCAAUGUGAUUGGAUCUUCAGGAGCAUUCUGGAGUUCAAAAACAAUAACCACUAGAGUUGUUCAAAGUUUUCAUUUCCUAAAUAGAGCUACAC